AUGGAUUUUUCGCCAAGAGAAUCUUUUAUGCAAAGUUUUAUUGAAAAUGAUCUUAUGAAAUCGACUGUAAGCUUGACUGAGCUUGCCAAGACUGAGUCUUGUACUCUGCCCAAAGGCACGAGUCGCGAAUAUUUUAAUGUCGAAUCCAGCCAAGACGUGUGUUCAGCAAAUGUAACUGAUGUUUUACCAGUACCCUCUAUAGAUGACCCUCUAGACCUUGACAUUUUACAUCCAUCACAUAUAUAUGCCGAUAGUGCGUCUUUUGAUCACUGCGCAUCUAUGGAUCAAUCAGCGUCACAAUCUGCGAGAUUGAUCCCUCAUAACAGCAUUCAUACACAUGAAGAUACUGGAGCACAUGAUGACUUUUCUUCCAAUAGCAACACUAAUACCAAACAAAAUAUAUACUACAAAGAGCCGCAUUCAACAAGCAACGGUUUGGUAAAUCCUCGAGUAAAUCUGCGCGACGAUUCUCCAUCCAUCUUAUAUCCAGCCCAUUCGAGUCCUGGCAUACUCGCCACAGAUGCUACAUUAUCUAAGAAAUCAUUUCCGGGAUAUAAACUGAAAAAACAAUGUCAUGGUCCAGUCUUGUCUGUACCACACCCCUCAAGCAUACCAACUGUUAAACCUUCAAAAACCACGAGGGAUGACUUUCUUUUCAGCCCUAUAGUUUUAAACUUUGCAAGUGGUCGCAAGAUGCCCGUCCCAAUGCAACCUUAUCGUUCAAAACAACGCAUACGUCUCAAGCCUCUACUGGAUGAUCAUACAAAUACAAAGGGUAGUAAGAAAAAAGACAAAUUGCCUGUAGUUCCAAUCCAGCAAUCUCAUUCAAACGGAAAGACUUGGAUUCGAAAGUCAAAACUAUACAGUCACGAAGCAGCUCAUUCUUUAAAUACUAAAGCACCAGAAGAACAGCAGAGAGAUUACUUUCGAGUGUUUAGUGAAAUGGUUACUCUUCCGCCAGAUGAUCCACGAUUGGCACGCCUGCUUCCGUAUCGAUUUCGUAAAUCUAUUCGUCUCUAUGGAGUAACUCCAAUGGUUCUUCUUGCCGAGCAAAAGCAGAAAUACUUACCACCAAUGGCUCUUCAACCUAUGCGUACAUCUUUCACUAAUUUAUCUUUAAAACAAAAUUCGAUUGGCCAAAUCCAACCAGAAAGACAGCAAAGAAUAGACGGACCAGAGAUUGAACCAAAAUUUAGCAGCAACGAGUGUUUCGACUCUUUGGGUUCUUUUGAAGAAGAAACAUUGGAUCAAACUUUUACAUCAAAUACCCUGGAUCUAAAAACCUCUUGGCCAAUACUGCCGAUAAAUGAGAUGAUUGUUGUAACAGAUGAUCAAUUAGAUCAACAAGCAGAGUAUGAAAAUAUAUCAAACGCAACACCUGAUCCUAUAUCUAACACAAAAAUACGAGAUACAGAUCAGGAAUUAAAAGAAGCAGUGAUGUUGCAUACAAGCGACUUUAUUCAGCCCACACGUAAAAACUCAAAACAAGACAGCAAGCAGCUUACUCGAAUACACAAUAAAGCAAACAGAAAAGUGCAAGAAAAAGAGCAUAGUUUGCAUUCUAAUUCUAGCCAUAAUGUGCCAAUCAGCAAACCCGAGAUUACAGCACAUGAGCUGGAUUGUUCAAAUAAUAUACCGUCGCGUACGCCUGUGCUCAAAAUGGAUGAAAGUGUAGUCGGCAGUUAUACAGACAGAAAAGGGUCAGAAGAUACUGAACAGAUAAACUUGUUAGAAUAUGAAUCUCGACAGUCCCAAAUAACCGAUCAAGAAAGAGAGGCCGAGUAUUUGGAACUUCAGCGUGCUAUCAAGGCUAAAAAUAAACUCAAGUUGGAACAUCCUAUUAUGCGCCAAUACCAAUCCAAAAACGCCGAAGAAGAUGAAAUGGUGGCAAUAGUAAAUGAAAAAGAAAGCAAGGGGGUCUUGGCUUCAGCAUUAGAAAAUAUGUCUGUAUUGAAUGCUGAAACAAAAUUGCGCAUGCUUGCAGUUUCUGCACCACUAUUUAAAAACAAACCAUUAUUGGGGAUGCCUGAAAUGGAAACCGCGCUAAAAGAUAUCAACUCAUCCCGAAAACUCAGCGAUCAAGAAAUCGAAUAUAUUAAAAAUGCAAGUCUAGUGUUUGAACUUGUGAAUGAUGAUACUGUUGACCAGCAAGAGUUUAUUGUCAUCGCGUCAUUGGCCGAAAGAAUGACUUUGAUGGAUCAGAAAGUAAGACUAGGCUUUUACGACACUGAUUUCAAGAAGCUUGGAAGCAAUAUCAAGCAGUAUAAAAAACUCUUUACGGUAUAUACUGAAGAGGAUGGCCAGAUGACAUAUGAAGAUCUCAAGAUCAUGCUUUUGUCAUCAGGAAGUUCAGAACAGCAAGUUGGCAAUAUUGCUGCUCUGCUGAACUUUAAGGAUAAAUCACUGUCGUCGAUGGUUGGAUUUCUCGAUUUUCUCAGUUAUGUGCCCUUCUUUACCAAGAUCCAUGAGGAUAUUAUAAACAAUCCAUUUGGUGAUUCUGCCAAGUGA